AUGUCUUCCCUCUCUCGUCGCGCCUGCUACAAGUGUGGCAACGUUGGCCACUACGCCGAGGUUUGCUCCUCCGCUGAGCGUCUCUGCUACAACUGUAAGCAGCCCGGUCACGAGUCCAACGGCUGCCCUCUGCCCCGUACUACCGAGGCCAAGCAGUGCUAUCACUGCCAGGGUCUUGGCCAUGUGCAGGCUGACUGCCCUACUCUGCGCUUGAGCGGUGCCGGCACGAGCGGCCGCUGCUACAACUGCGGACAGCCCGGCCACCUCGCCCGUGCCUGCCCCAGCCCUGCCGGUGUCAACAUGGGUCGUGGCGGUCCCGUUCCCCGCGGCGCAUACGGUGGUUACGGCCGAGGCGGCUUCACCGGUGGCCCUCGUCCCGCAACCUGCUACAAGUGCGGUGGCCCCAACCACUUUGCCAGGGAUUGCCAGGCUCAGGCUAUGAAAUGUUACGCAUGCGGCAAACUUGGUCACAUUUCCCGCGACUGCACUGCGCCCAACGGUGGCCCUCUCAACACUGCUGGCAAGACCUGCUACCAGUGCGGCGAGGCUGGUCACAUUUCUCGUGAUUGCCCCCAGAAGAAUACCAACGGCGAGAUCCCCAACGAUGUGGACCUGACGGCUGCCCCUGGCAUCCCCCAGCCCGCGGUUGCGCCCAUCGCGCCCAUCGCGCCCAUCGCCCCCGUCGCCUAG